CUAUUAGGGUAAUAAAGCUAUACAAAGGUCAAAGGUUACGUCACCGAACCCGGAAGUGACCAGUCUGAUCGAUGAAGGCGGACUGUGGAUUUUAAAUCGCCAGGAUUUCUGAUCUCCAUGCCACGUUCACCGGUCGGCGCACCAGUUUAUCAAUGACUAACGCACAGGAGUUCCCGCCAGUUGUUAGCCUGAAUGUUGGCGGACACCGCUACACCACCACGCUGUCCACCCUGCGCAAGUAUGAGGACUCCAUGUUAGCUGUCAUGUUCAGCGGGAGACACCAAGUCCUUACUGACAAGGAUGGCCAUUAUUUUAUCGACAGGGAUGGCGCAUUCUUCAGCCAUAUUCUAAAUUUCCUCCUCUCUGAGAAGUUACCACCCCCUGAUGUAGGACAACAGGUUUACGAUGAAGCAACAUUUUACGGCAUCGAAGCUUUGUCCAACCAACUCCUAGUCUACAAGGAUGUUGCCAUGGCACAGAGGAUGCAAAAGUGGGUCUCCAGACAUCCGCAGGUUACAGCAAUUGCGGUGCGAAUGAUGGCAUGCGCCGUGGAAAAGUACCACAAAAACAACGACUUUCAUUGCACUGAGACGCAGGUCAGGACUACGUUAGACCGGGGAUAUACCGCAGAGUUUUGCGUCGGCGCGGUUGUUGGGUCAUAUCCAUGUGAAGUCCCAAUUCCGAAAGAGUUCUUCAAGUCCAAGUGGAAGGACACCCAUGGAUGUAUCAGCACUGAUGGACCCACAGACUUCUCUUCUCCAAUCACGGUUACCGACACUGAUUGGAUCAAGGGACUGUUACACCACCAGUUUGAAAAACGGGGACUUUCGGCAACUCUGACGACAAAGAUCUGCCAUUGUUCCAAAGAGUCCAGGUCAAUAAGUCAGCAUUUUAAACUCAGUAGCCUGAAUGGAACCAUUUUUGUUUACUGUGGGAAGGUUGCAGUGAAUGCUACUUUUACCUGGUCCAAGUUACAAUAAAGAAUAAAAAUAUUUUCGAACCGUACAGUAAAACCAAGGAGGUUGAAAAGAGGGACUGACAUGUAUAAUAAACUAGUUAAAACCAUACAGAUUGGUAAAUGGAGCCUCUUUAGCCGCUAAGACUUCUGGAGUGGCAGCAUUUACUUUUUUUGGGAAUGGUUUUCAACGUGGGCUAUUAAAGGCUAUCUAAAGUGCAAAAGGUGGCAAAACUCCCUUUCCCAGCAUAGAGUCAUCCUAGGCCUGUGUUGAAAAUUGUGAAUCCCAGUAAUAAAUGCCUCUGCUGUAGAAGUCUGCAAAGGAGGCUAUGGAUUGGUCGGAGAGCAAAAGUUGUAACAUCCACAGGCUGUAUUGAAAUGGGUAUGAUCGGUGAAUUGAAAGCAUUUAUUGGUCAGGCUUUUGUAACUGACCAGACAGUUCCUACAGUUCAAGGUGCAACACAUAGUUACUUUCUAUGGGCAAAAUGUGCCAAAUCAAAAGUUUAAAGCAAUAACGUUUAAGCCUUUAACAGCACAACUAUUUAUAACAUGAUUUGGGAAAAACAGAGAUAUCUUCUCUGCAUAUACAAGUUAGCGAAGCUACAUAUAUGAACAUAUCAUUAUUGUUAUUUCAUAAAUACGAGUUUCUGCAAGCUGCAUUGUUUUGAAAUUAUGGCUAGCACCAAGUAUUAUUGCAUAUGCUUUUAUGUACAUUUAAGUAUAUAUUCUAUGUAUAUAAAUUGUAUCUUUUAUUCUAUCUAUAAUUGUAUUAUUUACAAUUUACUUGUGUCUCUAUCAAAUUAUGUUUUUAAGUUUUGUGAAGGCUUUCUACCACUCUUGACCAAUGUGAGCAUUGAAAUUACAAAGAUGGUUUCAUAAACUUGUACAUAAUUUUGUGAUUUUGUAAAUUUUGUUGAGAUACUAUGCUGUGUUUCAUACUGAAUGUAAAUGUUGAGUGCUGCCUUUGUAACCUUAAGCCACCUCUUAUGUGUUUAAAUUUCACUUUAUCAGUUUUAUUUACUGAUAAAUAAAGCAUUACAACUGGA